AUAUAACAGUUUGUUCAAUUUUGAUUCAACCGUAGACUUGACGUCAGAGAAUCUAAAAAACAUGUUCGCCAACCUCAUGAUAGCCCCAUAUUUUAAUGUUGAUAACCAGAUGGUACCUAUAGAUGAACUAAAGUAUCCGUCUGAGUUAAGUGUCUGUUCUAACGAGCAUGAUACUGGUCCAUAUUAUUUGACUGCUGAUGCAAGUUUGUAUCUCCGUGUUGUGAGAAGAGUAAGAAUGUGUGACCCUAAGCCUCCAAUAGCGGAGGGGAAAUCAAGCAAUGGAUAUGCAAAGAGCAGAACCAAGUUCAUGGUUGCCGAUGACCUGUCUGUGAAACCCUUUUCAUCUCACCAUGUUCUAUCAUCCUUAUUAACUGAAUUGAAGGUGCCUCACCAUGACUUGGAAGAAAGAACAAUCCGCAUUGGGGUACAAGAGGUUCUGAGCAUCCUUAAAGCUUCCAUGGUUUCAACAUCAGCUUUGACAAUGGGCCUGAAGGAAUUUUUAUCAAAUAAUAUUAAAGAAGAGGGCGAAACGAAGACGCAAAGCAGAAACAUAACUAUUGGCUAGUGCUUCAAUUUCUUGAUUCUCUUUCGUACUUCUGCCUUGUCGUUUUGUUUUGAAGAAGUGUGAUGGCUUAUGGUAGAAUAAAUAAUUAUAUAAUGGUGGUUUGGUGCUCAA